AUGACGUUUACCAUACACAACCGGGCUAAGAGAAGCAUCUUGAAUGUGUUUCUGGAAAUAAUGAUGCUCUGUGGAGGAAUGGCUCUGCCGGUUCUCAUUUAUAUGUUGUUGGCCUGUUAUGCCUCUCUCCACAAAAACAGUCAUGGGGAUACAAAUGAUGGGAACACAAGUAGCAGUAAGGGUGGGCAUGGGCUAUCUAAAUCUGAUAUUCAGAAGAUCCCCACAGUAGUCUGCAACAAUACCCACAAGAAUGGCGAUGGGGAUGAUGAGAAGAAGGAUUGUGAUGAACUAUGUAGCAGUGGGGAUUUAGAGUGUACUGUGUGUUUGGAGCAGUUUAAGGAUGGAGACAAAUAUUUGUUGAUGCCCUCAUGCAGGCACUGCUUCCAUCUUGAGUGUACAGAUGCAUGGAUAUCCAAGAACGCUAUCUGUCCUGUUUGUAGGUGCAACGCUCUUCCCAAACAUGAGGAACAUCAAGAACAAGAACCCAAUAACUCUGAUCAUAUUCCUGAGAGCAUAGCCAUUGAUAUGCCUUCUUAG